UUAGGUCUGGACGCUGCUCCUGUCCUGGGGGAGAGGACGAAAAAUAUAGUUGCAUUCAUCUGCAGCACUGAAAGAGUUAAACCAAGCGAGCUGUUUGCUAGAGAGGCCAAGCAAGGAGGGGGCGGAAGUGGAAAGGCUGUUUUCCUGUUCGGGGAGGGGAGAGUUUGGCUUCUGAAUCGCCAAAGAGAACUGGAGGGGCUUGAGAUGUACAUCAGCAGAGGGAAGCUGGGAAGGUUUCCUUACAGCCAUAUGAGUAAGGCUUUAUGGCCAGAGCUGGAGGCACCCCAAGAGAAGGAGAUGGAAGAGGAGGAUCCAGAAGGACCUGAAAGAGGCAAGACAGCAAGGGAAAGUCCUCAUCUCACCCAGGCUGGGAGUAGUGUGGAAUCUUGGGAAACAGCUCUGCCAGAGAUCCUGUCUCAGAACACAAUGACUGCAGAUGCACGCAAUCGAUGCUUCCGGCAGUUCUGCUACGACGAGGUCGAUGGACCCCGUGAGGUUUGCAGCCAGCUCCAUGGACUCUGUAAUCACUGGCUGGAGCCAGAGCGGCGCACCAAAAAGCAGAUCCUGGACCUGGUGCUCCUGGAGCAGUUCCUGGCCAUCCUGCCCCAGGAAAUGCAGUGCUGGGUGAGAGGAUGCGAACCAGAGACCAGUUCCCAGGCAGUGGCCCUGGCAGAAGGUUUCCUCCUGAGCCAGGCAGAGGAGAAGAGGCGGGCAACGCAGAUGUGGGGACCAGCUAUAAAGAAGGAAACAAAGUUCUGUAAAAUAGAAGGAGUUCUAUCAGAGGGAGGUCAGCGGGCACAGACCCAGAAGCAUACCCAAGAUUUCCUAUCAAGUGGCAAUGAAGAGAUGUUGUCAAGCUGUCACUUUUGCAGUGGAACACAAAUGUCUGCUCCUCCUGUGGUCCAGUCUCCCUUUUCCUUUGAGGAGGUGGCUUUGUAUUUCACUGUGGCCGAGUGGGCCCUGCUGGAUCCGGUCCAAAAAACUCUCUAUAGGGAAGUCAUGGUGGAGAACUACGGGAAUGUGGCCUCUCUGGCCAGGAAUGUAAAAGAGACUACGAUGAAGAGAGCUGAAGGACUUUUGUCUGAAGAAUGGCCAGAGAGUUUCCCAGGAAGAUCUCAAGAGACUCUUUCUUACCCAAAUGAACUACCUGCUAUAGCAGAUGGAGAGGAGACAGCUGGGGAAUCCCGUGGAUUCUCUAUAGAAAACGUAAAAAAUGAAGAUGCUGAAGGAAAUGUUGAAGAUGUAGAUGGACCACAGUUGCAGGUGGAAAACUAUGCAGCAGCAGAUGUAAAGGAGACAGCUGGGGAAUUCCAUGAAUUCUCUAUAGAAAAUGUGAAAAAUGAAGAUGCUGAAGGAAACUUUGAAGAUGUAGAUGGACCACAGAUGCAGGAGGAAAGCUAUGCAGGGGAUGAUCAGAAUAAUGAGGAGGAUGGGGAACUGCAUUAUCUAUCACUUGAUGAAAUCAAGAAUGAAGACAUGAGGGAAAACUUCAGGAAUCAAGGAAGACCUAAGAGGCAGAAAGGCAGCCACAUAGUUAAGAAGAGGGGGAAGCCCAUCCCUUCCCAAGGAGAAGAUUUCCAAGAAGUCAUUCACAUGGUAGAGGAAACAGACAAGGGCUUGGAGUGCAGAAUGGACAUUUCAAAUAAAACACAAUAUAACAUCCAUUUACAACUGCCCAGUGAAAAGAAAACCCAUGAAUGCCUAGAGUGUGGAAAGACCAUGAUUCACAAAGCAGAGCUCUGUGGACAUCAAAGAACAAAUGCAGGAGAGAAACCUUGUAGGUGCUCAGAUUGUGACAAGAGCUUCUCAGAGAAAUCAGACUUUGUUCAGCCUCAAAAGAUUCACUCAAGAGAAAAGCUAUUUAUUUGCUCAGACACUGGAAUGGUGUUCUCUGAGGGAAGAAAGCAUAGUGUACACUUCUCAAAGCACAGUAUACUGAAGGCACAUAAAUGUUUUCAGUGUGGAAAGUACUUCAGGUACAGAUCACAGUUCAAUGUGCACCAAAAGAUCCACAGAGGGGAGAAGCUUUUUGAAUGCUCAGAGUGUGGGAAGAGAUUCAGUCGUAGUGGCCAUGUUCAACAGCAUCAAAGAACCCACACAAAGGACAAGCCCUUUGAAUGCUUAGACUGUGGGAAGAGAUUCAGUCGGAGUGGCCAUUUUCAACAGCAUCAACGAACCCACACAGGAGAGAAACCCUUUGAAUGCUCAGAGUGUGGGAAGCGAUUCAGUCUCAGUAGUACUCUUCAGAAGCAUCAACGAACCCACACAGGAGAGAAACCAUUUGAAUGCUCAGAGUGUGAGAGUAGAUUUAGUGACAGUAGCACUCUUCAACGUCAUAAGCGGAUCCACACAGGGGAGAAGCCCUUUGAAUGCUCAGAGUGUGGGAAGAGAUUUAGUCGGAGUGGCAAUCUUCAAGAGCAUCAACGAAUCCACACAGGCGAGAAGCCCUUUGAAUGCUCAGAGUGUGGGAAGAGAUUCAGUCAGAGUGGCAAUCUUCAGCAGCAUCAACGAACCCACACAGGAGAGAAGCCCUUUGAAUGCUCAGAAUGUGGGAAGAGAUUCAGUCAGAGUGGCCAUUUUCUUCAACAUCAGCGAACCCACACAGGAGAGAAACCUUUUGAAUGCUCAGAGUGCGGGAAGAGAUUCAGUGAGAGCGGCACUCUUCAAAAUCAUGUAAGAUCACACAAAGGAGAGAAGCCAUUUGAAUGCUCAGAGUGUGGGAAGAGAUUCAGUCAGAGUAGCAAUCUUCAAAAGCAUCAACAAACCCACAGAGGAGAGAAGCCUUUUGAUUGCUUAGAGUGUGGAAAGAGUUUUAGUCGGAAUGGCACUCUUAAACAGCAUCAACGAGCCCACACAGGGGAGAAACCCUUUGAGUGCUCAGACUGUGGGAAGAGAUUCAGUCAAAGUAGCAAUCUUCAACAGCAUCAACGAACCCACUCAGGGGAGAAACCGUUUGAAUGCUCAGAAUGUGGGAAGAGAUUCAGUCACAGUAGCAGUCUUAAAAAGCAUCAACGGACGCAUACAGGGGAGAAGCCCUUUGAAUGCUCAGAAUGUGAUAAGAGAUUCAGUCAGAGUGGUGCACUUCAGCGGCAUCAACGAACCCACCAGGGGAGAAGCCCUUUGAAUGCUCAGAAUGUGAUGAGAGAUUCCGUCAGAGUGGUGCCCUUCAGUGGCCUCAACGAAGCCACCAGGGGAGAAGUCUUUUCAAUGCUCAGGGUGCAGGAAGAGAUUCAGUCAGAGUGGCACUUUUCAAAAGCAUUAACAAACCCACACAAGGAAGAAGCCCUUUGAAUGCUCAAAAAUGUGGGAAGAGAGUUAGUGACAGUAGCACUCUUCAACAGCAUCAAAGAACUCCCACACAGGGUAGAAACUCUUUGAAUGCUUAGAGUGUGGAUAGAGAUUCUGUUACAGUAGGGCUCCCAAGAGCAUCUAAAACCUGCACAUCCUGAGAAACCACAUGACUACUUAGCCCAGGUUUGUCAAACUCAUGUCACUUUCUCAUGCUAUGUCUAUCAUAAAAUACUAUAAACUUCAUGAUCUAUCUAUUCUAUAAUAUAAUAAAAGCUCUUUCAUGUUGACAAAA